AUGUAUAGUGCUGAUAUGAUAGUUCUCCUUUCAAGCCAAUCUUCUAACACCCUCACAGCAAUGGACUUAUAUUCCUCAACAGAAGACACUCCUCCAGACGAUGAGUCUUUAGGUGGAAAAAAUGACGUCCACCUUGAGUCAUUUAAUUUUACAAAUUAUGGCUUUAUGGCGAUUGUUUCACGACUUUUAGAUACUGGCGAUAAAUAUGAUUCUGUAAUAGUCCCGAAUUCAACAAUAGAUAUGAUAUGUGCAACUGAAAGCAAAAAGUCAUGGGUUCAGCAUGAUAUUGAGAGUAAUUAA